AUGGUCAACACAGGCAUGCAGCUGAUCAGCUUCACCUGCGCGGUGACAGGUUGGGUCAUGGCCAUCGCUGUGACGGCCUUGCCUCAGUGGAAGGUGUCCGCCUUUAUCGGCAGCAACAUCCUCACCUCCGAGAUCAAGUGGGAGGGCAUCUGGAUGAACUGCAUCUACCAGACCACGGGCCACAUGCAGUGCAAGACCUACGACUCCAUUCUGGCUCUGCCCCCGGACCUCCAGGCAGCUCGUGCCCUCAUGUGUGUGGCAAUUUUUCUGGGCUGGCUGUCCUGCACAGUGUCCUGCUGUGGAAUGAAAUGCACCACGUGCGCUGGCGAAGACCGCCGCGCCAAGGCAGGCAUCGCCCUCUCCGGCGGCGUGCUAUUCAUCCUGACGGGCCUGUGCGUGCUGGUGCCCGUCUCCUGGACCGCCAACACGGUGGUCCAGGACUUCUACAACCCCAAAGUGCCUGUCAUGUACAAGCGAGAGCUGGGCCAGGCGAUCUACCUGGGCUGGGCAUCUGCGGUUAUUCUGAUGAUCAGCGGGGCCGUGCUGAGCAGCACCUGCCCCCAUAUCGAGAGCGGAGGACGGGAGUACCGCCGGGGAUACAUGGGCCGGAGCUUUCCGAACACGCGCCCCUCCCCCCUCGCACCUGAUCCUCCGAAACCUAUCACCUCCAACAGCGUGCCCUUAAAGGAAUAUGUGUAG